AUGGAUGGCUACAGCAACCUCGCGUUCUCCCCUCCGACGGCGACGAUGGUGACGGCGAGCGGCGGUUCCGCCAGGGCGGCGAGGCCGUCGAUGGAGCUGACCAACACGAAGGAGACCAAGGCGUGGGAGGGCCUGGCCAUCGGCGCGGUCACGCUGGCCCGGACGUUCUCCACGGGCUCACACGGGUUCUGCAGGUCCGGCAGCGAGAGGAGCAGGAUCAGGAGGAGCCGGAGCAGCCUGCCGGGCGCACUGAGGCGGGCCUUCUCCAUGCGGCGCCACCCCGCGGGCCUCGGCGCCGGCGGGGACGGGUACUGGAGGAUCCACGACAUGGAUGGGGACAGCGACCGCGGCGAUGACACUGACACGGUCGAGGAGCGCGGCGAGGACGAAGCCGCAGCUGCCGAGGAGGUGGAGAACAAGAAGACGGAGCAGCGAGACGAAGAUGCUGCGGCAGGAAAGGAGGAAGCCGAGUGCAGGAACAAGAAGGAGAAGAAGCAGCGGGGUGGCAUCUGGAAGGCGUGCAAGAAGCUUUUCCGGUUGUAA